AUGGGUAUUUGCGUGAGCUGCCGGCGCCGCGAGCGAAAGGCACCCGAGAAGGGCUGGGUGCCGCGAGGACCCGCGAAGGGCGCGGCGGCGACCGAACUGUUGCCACGGCGCGCCGACCUGCCAGCCAUGGCCAACUCUAUCUCAAGCAUCAAGAUGAAUAACCCUUUCAAGGUCAUCGUCAGCAAGCAGCGGAAACGCUACACAAAGAACGGCUUCAAUUUGGACUUAGCAUAUAUAACUGAUAGGCUCAUAGCGAUGGGCUUCCCCGCCGAGAAGUUGGAAGGGGUGUACAGGAAUCACAUUGACGAGGUGUACAGGUUCCUCGAGCAGAUGCACAAGGACCACUAUAAAAUAUACAACCUCUGUUCUGAGAGGUCGUAUGACUCGAGCAAGUUCCAUGAGAGGGUGGAACGAUACGCGUUCGAGGACCACACGCCGCCGAACAUCGAGCUGAUCCAGCCGUUCUGCGAGGACGUGCACAAGUGGCUCAGCGCCGACCCGAGGAACGUGGCCGUGGUCCACUGUAAAGCCGGCAAAGGCCGAACAGGUACAAUGGUAUGCUGCUAUUUACUCUAUAGCGGUCAGAAGGCGACGGCGGACGAAGCUCUUAAGUUCUACGGAGCAGAGCGAACUUAUGAUGAAAAGGGUGUUACGAUCCCGUCCCAGCGGCGCUACGUGGAGUACUACGCGGCGCUGGUGCGCUCGGGGCUGCAGUACAGCGCCACCAAGCUGCACGUGCGGGAGCUGCUGCUCAGCCCGCCGCCGGCACUGAAUGGCGCGCAGUGCACCUUAGAGUUCACUGCCACUCAGCUGGACCCACCUUUUAAGACGGCGCUGGGCAGCCAGGAGGUGCGCAAGGCGGCGCGCGCGGUGCGCGUGGCGGUGGCGCACUGCACGCCGCUACGCGGUGACGUGCGCGUGGACGUGCACUGCAAGCCCAAGAUGAUGCGGCGCGACAAGCUCUUCCACUUCUGGUUCAACACCUUCUUCGUGGCCGCCGCCGUCGGUGCCGUGCGCGUGCCGCCGCCCACGGACAGUCCAAACUUGGAGACGUUUAAACUGACGUUGAACAAGUGGCAGUUAGAUGACGCGCACAAGGACAAGCAACACAAACUGUAUAGUCCAGAUUUUAAGGUGGAGCUGAUCGUGCAGAGGCAGCCGUCGUCGUCCACGUUCAGCGGCGGCGGGCUGGCGGGGCUGGCGGGGCUGCGGGGGCUGCGCGCCGCGUCGCCCGCCUCCGACUCGUCGUCGUGCUCGGAGCCCGACACCGAGCCGGACGCGCACUGGGACUCCGGGCCGGUGUGCGAGCGCGUGGGCCGCUACCGCCAGCUGUCGCCCGACGACGCCGCGCACACGUGA